CAUUUUCCAUCCAUUUCUCUUUUUUUCGUCUCCAUUUCUCCGAUCGUCACAACACAAAGUUGUUUUUGAACUGAAAAAUGGGGCAGAUCCAGUAUUCUGAAAAGUAUUUUGAUGAUACCUAUGAGUACAGGCAUGUUGUUCUUCCUCCUGGUGUAGCGAAAUUGCUUCAUAAGAAUCGUCUUCUAUCUGAAAAUGAGUGGCGGGCAAUUGGAGUUCAGCAGAGCAGAGGAUGGGUGCACUAUGCUAUUCAUCGACCAGAGCCCCAUAUCAUGCUCUUCAGAAGGCCACUGAACUAUCAGCAGCAACAAGAGAACCAGACUCAGCAAGUUCUGCUUGCCAAGUGAAGAAACAUGUCUUUCGUUUCUUUUUCCUAAUGA